AUGGAACUUGGUUUGACAGAUUGUUUAUUACCUUACUUAUAUGGGAAUAUUAUUCACUACGAAGGGAGAGUAAAGCGGACAUUAUUGGCCGACGAAGGACGCCCCGAAGAAGACGAUAGAGAGAGAAAGAGAGUGAGAGAGGAGGGAGGAUCCGGGAGCCGCAAGGACCCCUUCACCGCCCAUUCAACGGGCAGUAUGGACACCUGGCCAGAAUCUGCUGGAAAAGGUUCACCCACCACCCCUAUCUCUCUCCACUGGAAGAAAGAAAGCAACGGGGAAUAUGCAGACAGCCUAAGGAGAAGAAAAGUCCACCGAUGCGACGUACCUGGCUGUGAUAAAGUGUACACCAAGAGCUCCCAUCUUAAGGCGCACAAGAGGACGCAUACAGGUAAUGAUGACAAUACAUAUCCUAUCUUUCACAAUGAUCCAAAAGGAGUGAUUCGCUUAUAA